AUGGAUAUCCUCGACGCAUCACUUGGGCCGCUCGUGUCAGCGUUGCCGGCAUACAUACAGCGGCAAAUGGAGGAAUCCUUCAAGUUUCCAGGUGGUGGUGGCAUGUCUCUUCCCAAGGGCGUGACUACGGUGGAAGCUGCAGUGGUGGCGAUCCUGGUGGUGAUUUUCAUCUCCACGGCUUCCUUAUGCUUUGGAGCAUACCUCGCCCGACUGAACUCACCCACCGGUAAAAUCAUGAAGUUGGCCGCUGGCGAGUCAAGGAUUCUCAUUCCAGCCACCUUCUGCUUAUUUCUCAACAGUGGCUUGUUCAUCCUCUUGCCCUACUUUGGCGGGCAGUUUGUGCAGAUGGUUGGAAGCAACACCGGCGUCACCAGCGAGGAGCUCAAUCAGAUCACCGAGAAGAUCGUGGUGGUCGCCGUGGCCUCCUCGAUCACCUCGAUGAUUCGAGGGAUGCUCUUUGUCCUGGCGGGUGAACGCAUCGUCCGCGAACUGCGGAAGCAGGUCUUUCAUGCACUGCUCCGUCAAGAAGUGGCUUUCUUUGAUGUGCAGACCACUGGAGCCUUGGUCUCCAGACUCACCAACGAUACCCAGACCCUGCAGAACGCCGCGAGCUCCAACAUUUCGAUUUUCCUUCGUUGCAGCUCUAGCCUGUUGCUGUCCUUGAUCGUGAUGUUUGUGACCAGCUGGAAGCUCACUUUGGCCAUGUUGGCCACUGUUCCUGUGGCCAGCAUUCUGGCUGCAAUCAUGGGCCACUUUCAGCGGAAGGUGAGCAAGAAGUACCAAGAUGAGACGGCGGAACUCGGGAACAUUGCCUCGGAGACCUUCGGGAAUCUGCGCACGGUGCGCGCCUUCCAAAGCGGGGAGAGGCUCAUGGAGAAGAAAUACUGUGAUGCGAGUGAUCAAGUCUACCUCUACGGCUGGAAGCGGUCCAUGAUCUACGGAGCUUGGUCCGGAGUCGUUGGUCUCCUCUUCUUCGUGGCCUUCACAGUUGUUCUGCGAUUCGGCGCCGGUCUCGUGGAGCGAGGAGAGAUGCAGUCGGGUGAUUUGAUCUCCUUCGUCCUCUACACCGUCAGCUUGUCUGGGUCUGUGGCAAUGCUUGGCAGCAUUAUGCCAGCCUUUUCCGCAGCCAUUGGCGCGACCCAGAAGAUCUUUGAGAUCACGGACCGCAUCCCUGCACAGAGUGAUGGACUACUGGAUCCCGUGGAGUGCAAAGGCAAGUUGGAGUUUGAAAAGGUCUGCUUCACCUACGCAACCCGUCCAGAUGCCAUGGUCCUGAAAAAUGUGAGCUUCCAAGCCGAGUCGAACCAGGUGGUGGCACUGGUGGGCCAAUCUGGAAGCGGCAAGACCAGCUGCGUCUCGUUGCUGCAAAGGCUCUAUGACUGUCAGUCGGGCGCCGUGAAGAUCGACGGCGUGGAUGUCAAAGAGCUCAAGUUCUCUUACUUGCGGCGAAACAUGGCGGUCGUCUCGCAGGAGCCCAUCCUCUUCGCCAUCAGCGCGCGGGAGAACAUCGCCUUCGGCGUCGAGGAGGCGGACCAGGGAAAGUUGGAGGAAGCAGCCAAGCUGGCCAACUGUCACGGCUUCAUCUCAGAGUGGGAGAAGGGCUACGACACGCUGGUGGGAGAGCGUGGCAUCCAACUGAGUGGAGGCCAAAAGCAACGCGUGGCCAUCGCACGGGCGAUCCUGGCGAACCCCACGAUCCUCCUGCUCGAUGAGGCGGAUCCGAAAGACGGCCGGCUGACCGAAGCAAAGCGCGACGGACGGUCAGACCAACAGACCAGUCUAGACAUGCCUGUGGGGCUUAUGGCGCGGAUCGGCAUGGUAGGUGCCAUCCGGAACAUCCUCAAGUCGCCAGGUGAGAAGAGCGAGCAUGGCACCAGAUUCUGCGGUUUGCACAGCGCGUUGGCGCAGCUUCAGGAGGAUCCCACCACGUCAGGGUGGCAAAAGGGCCUUUGUGGGGCCAUCGAGGCGUUGCUUUCUGCGGACCUGGCGAAGCUGCCGUUUUCCACUCAGCUACCGGAGCCAGAGCCCUCCAGUGACCCAGCGUUUGCCAGGCAGGAGGUGUCUCGGCGUCAAUGCAUCCAGAUCCUGGCUGCUGGAUUCUUUGGUAUACUCGACCGACGGUGGUCGGAAGAGGGUGCGACUCAUGAUAUGCCUGGAUUCCAUUUCUCAAAGCUUUGGCAAUAUGAUUGUGAGAGAUGGGGAACCAAGAACUUCGUGCUGAUGGCAGUGCUGGUUUUCUUUGGACAAGCAGCAAAGAUGAGCUCUGAGAUGCUGGAGGAGAAAUUGAUUAUCACACGGAAGGCGACAAAAAAGGGGCUGAAUUUGGAGACGAUGGCGGAGCUGGAAAACAUCAUCUUGUGCCCCGUAGAGAUGAAAAAUGAUGGCAUCUCCAUCCACGAAUUUGGUGGAGAGGCGCAUUUGCAAGCUGACUUUGCCAACGCAUACCUUGGUGGUGGAGUGCUGAGUGGAGGCGGGACGCAAGAGGAGUGCAUGUUUGUGGAGUUUCCCGAGCUGUUGGCCCUCAUCUACUUGGUGGAGAAGAUGGCGCCCCAUGAGGCGGUGGAGAUCUAUGGUGCCAGGAGAUAUGUGGAGCACACAAUGAGUACCAGAAGGGCAGAUUGGCCAGAUCAAUAUUGCAGACCAGUUGAGAUCGGAGAUCCUAUCUAUGCAGUAGCUUUGGAUGCAGUCAGUUUUGGUCGUCGCGGUCCACAUAAACAGUACUGGAAGGAGUAUAUUCUGCAAGAUCUUCGGAAGUGCUCCGCUGCCCUUCUAGAUCCGCGUGAAAGCACUGACUUGAAGAGGCGGAAGUUCGUCACAGGACUCUGGGGCUGCGGUGCCUUUCGAGGAGAUCCGGAGUUGAAGUUCAUCAUCCAAUGGAUCAGCUGUUCGAUGGAGUCCUCCAUCGAGACUAUGGUGUUCUGCCCUUUCGACCAAAAGGAGCAGUUGCUUGGAGCAGGUUUAGAGAAGUUGCUGCAUGUGAUGAUGGGCAAAGUCUCUGUGAAGCGAGCUUAUGAACUCCUAGUGGAUGCCAAUUAUCCGAAGUCCAACGAGACCUUCGGCUUCCUGCUCCGCCGACUGGAAGCGGACACGCGAUCCGCUCCGAUCAGCUCAGCGUCAGAGUCCAGUGCCGCCACGUCUGCCUUGGAUGCGGAGUCUGAAGGGAUGGUUCAAGAGGCCUUGGAGCAGCUCAUGAAGCAGCGUGAGGGGCGCACCUUCCUCGUGAUCGCGCACCGCCUGUCCACGGUGAAGGACGCCGACGUGAUCGUGGUGUUGAGCAGCGGUGAGUGCGUGGAAACCGGCACGCACGAGGAGUUGUUGGCGAAGGGGAGUGUGUACAAAGGUUUGGUACAGAGGCAGCUUGAUCUUCGACGCUGA